CAAUGAGUUGUAAAUCAGUUUUUACUCACUAAAGGAAAUCAGGAUGAGGGCAGAGGUUUGUACCCAGUACCCUCAGAGAGUAUUUGAUUAUUGCCCAUUAAAAUUAAAUUAAAGCAUUUUACUAAACAAAUUCCUCCCCAUUACUUCAAUCCCUCUGAGCUCUAUUUAAAAGACACUUCCCAGGAAUAGCUGAGCCCUCAUUUCCUGCUCUCCUCCUUUUCCCCAGGUUUCUUUUUCCCUCUCAGAAAAUGAAGAUCCCUGAGGGGUUUUGGCUGUGCCUGAGCUUUGGCUGUGCCGCCCCCCUGAGCCCCUCGUGCCUCUCGGCUCAGUUCAGGAGGCCCGGGGAUUUCAUGCUGGGGGGUUUGUUCCCCUUCGGGAAGGACACGGUGAACCUGACAGCUCGCUCCGAGCCCACCCUGCUGCGCUGUGACAGGUUAUUCACGGACGGGCUGAUCUGGGCUCUGGCGAUGAGAUUUGCCAUCGAGCAGAUCAACAAUUCCAGUUCUCUGCUGCCAGGAAUAGCCCUGGGCUAUGACAUGUACGACACCUGCCUCGAGCCCCUGGUGGCCCUGCAGCCCAGCCUGCUCUUCCUGACCCGAAAAGGAACCACAACCAUCGGGGUUCUCUGCAACUACACCGAGUACCAGCCCCGUGUCACCGCUGUCAUCGGGCCCCACAAGUCCGAUCUGUGCCUGCUCACGGCCAAACUCUUCAGCUCCUUCCUCAUCCCACAGGUGAGUUACGGGGCCAGCAGUGAGACCCUGAGCAACACGGAGCUGUUCCCGUCCUUCUACCGCACCGUGCCCGGGGACAAGAACCUGGCAGAGGCCGUGGUGCUGCUGCUCAACCAGUUUGGCUGGAACUGGAUUGCCACGGUGGCCAGUGAUGAUGAGUAUGGUCGGGGUGCCCAGGCUCUCUUCCUCAGCAUGGCUGGCACGAACAACAUCUGCAUCGCCUUCGAGGGGCUCAUCCCCGCAGACCUGGCCGAGCCCAACGCCAGAAAGCAGCUGGAAAACAUCGUUAAAUUAAUUAACAGCACUCAGGUUAAUGUGGUUGUGCUGUUUGCUCACAGCCUGCCGGCCCAGGCACUGCUGGAACUCAGCAUCAGGAUGGGGCUGGGGAAGAAGGUCUGGGUUGGCACCGAGGCCUGGAUGCUGUCGGACAUCGCCGCCUCCACCCCGGGCAUCCAGAGCAUUGGGACAGUGCUGGGCUUUGUCAUGAGGACAGCCACAGUCCCUGGCUUCCAGGAGUUCGUGGCUGAGCUCUUCAGCUCUGUCGUGCAGGAGGAAUUCUGCCAGAAAUCCCGGGAGCUGAGCGGCCUCGUGAACGCCGAGGCGCUGGGCACGCACUGCCAGCAGUGUGACCGUGUCACCCUUGGGGACAUCUGGCCCAUGCUCACGGUGACCACGGUGCAGCCAGUGCAGGUGGCCGUGUACAGCGUGGCCCAUGCUCUGCACAGAGCCCUGGGCUGCACCUCCAGGAGCUGCCCCAAAACGCCCAUCAGGUCCUGGCAGCUGCUGCACUUCAUGAACAGCCUCCCCUUCGAGGUGAACGGCCAGAGCUUCAGGUUUGAUCAAUCCCACGGCACAAACACGGGGUACAAACUCAUCUUCUGGGCCUGGAGGGAUGGCACUGUCACCUACCUGCCCGUGGGGGACUACGACCAGUCCCUGUACAUCCGUAAAUCCCAGAUCCAGUUCUACACUGCAGAUAAGAAGGAGCCCACAUCCGAGUGCUUCAGGCGCUGCCAGCCAGGACAAUUCAGAAGAAUAAAAGGAUUCAACCUCUGCUGCUAUGACUGCACAGACUGCUCAGAAAACACCUUCUGGAGCAGCUCAGACAGCACCGGCUGCUCCCCGUGCCCGCAGCACCAGUGGGCUCCCGCCCGCAGCACCCGCUGCCACCCGCGCCGAGAGAGAUUCCUCUUCUGGCACGAACCCCUGGCCGUGGCCUUGGUGACCCUGGCGGCCCUCACAGCAGCCCUGAGCGGUGUGGCAGCUCUGCUGUUCCUGAAGCACCUGCACACGCCCUUGGUGCGGGUGUCCGGGGGUGCCCGGAGCCCCUUUGCCCUGCUCUGGCUGCUGCUGCAGAGCCUCAGCUGCUGCCUGUACGUGGGCAGGCCGAGCGCCGAGCUCUGCCGGCUGCAGCAGCUCUGCUACGCCCUGUGCCUCAACGGCUGCUUCUCCACCUUUGUCCCCAAGGCUCUGGAGAUCACGCUGGUGACGGAAUUCCCUCGCUGUGCCCCCAGGCUGCUGCGCUGGGUGACCCACGGCAGGGCCUGGCUGCUGGUGGCCGUGUCCCUCCUCAUCCAGGUGUUGCUCUGCUGCUUCCACCUCUACCUGGGACCCGAUUUAAUGGUGGUCGACUACAAAUCCCUGCCCAGCGAGGUUCUGCUGGUGUGUGGCACCCGGUCCUGGGCUGCCUUUGCCCUCCUGCACGGCUACAACAGCUGCCUGGCCUUCGUCUGCUUCCUGUGCACCUUCAUGGUGCAAACGCCGGGCAGGAGCUACAACGUGGCCAGGGGCAUCACCUUUGCCACCCUCACCUGUUUGGUCACCUGGAUCUUCUUCCUCGUCACUUUUGCCACGCUCAGGACGGUGCUCAGGGCAGUCACGCAGAUUUGCACCAUCCUGGCCACCAGCCUGGGCAUUUUGGCUAGUUACUUCGUGCCCAAGUGUUACAUCAUGGUGUUCAGGCCUGACCUGAACACGGAGGAUUAUUGCCAGAACCUCGCCGAGGAGGAGCCAGAGGUGAACAGA